AUGCCGCUCAACGCCCACGCUGCAGCGCGCCUGCGCAACAAGAAGCGCGGCGGAACCUCGUCGACCCGCACCGCCUCGUCGUCGUCGUCGACCGCGACCAGCUCCAAGGCGCAGCCCAAGGCCGCACCGCGGUUCCGCCCGACCGCCACGCGCGACCUCCAGUGGAAGCGCCUCGUCCUCCCCGCCGAGAUCGGCUUCGACGACGACGGCGGCCUCCUCGAGGUCGACGAGAUUGACGGUGUCGACGUCGUGGUAGAGGACGGGCGGGCUGUCUUCAAGGUCCGCGAGGACGCCGACGAGCCGCCGCCGGCGAAGAAGAGCCGCAAGGGCAAGGGGCGAGCAGAAGAUGUCGACGACGGCUUUGUCGACGUCAACGACGUCGAGGACGAGGACGAUGCGCCGGCGUUCGCCGACGACGAGCAGCUCACGUUCCAGGACGACGAGGAGCUCAGCUUCCCGGGCGACGAGGCGGAGGCGGCGGCAGCAGCAGACGAGGUCGCGCCAGGCCAGGACGCAGCACCUACAGCGGCGGAGCAGAAGGAGGGCAAGGAGAAGAAGGCCAAGGCCAAGGGCAAGAAGCGGUCGCGAGACGAGGCAGAAGCGGCGGCGCCGGUGCAGCACGAGGACGCCCCGGUCGAGCCUGUUGACGUCCAAGCGGUCCUCCCAGCCUGGUCGCACCUCCCCCUCCCGAACCCGCUCUACCGCGCCCUCGCCGAGCUCAAGUUCGCCAAGCCGACCGCGAUCCAGGAGCGCGCGCUGCUCGCCGACGCUGCCGCUGUCGCCGCCGGGGCGACCGAGCGCGACCUCGUCGGCAUCGCGCAGACGGGCUCGGGCAAGACGCUCGCCUACGGCCUCCCGAUCCUCGCCCAUAUCCUCUCCGCCCCUCCUCCACCACGCGCCGCAUCGCCCUCAUCGGCCACGUCCGACGACGACGAGGGCGACGACGCGUCCGAGCCGUCCCGCCUCGCGGCCCUCAUCCUCUGCCCGACUCGCGAGCUCGCCCUCCAAGUGCGCGCGUCGCUCGCGUCGCUCGCCGUCCGCACCCUCCCUCUUCUCCCAUCCACGCCCGAGCUCGCCGCACUCGCCGACGAGGACCCUCGCAAGCGCGUGCGCGGCAAGCUCGCCCAGGUCGUCGCCAUCACGGGCGGCAUGAGCAUUGAGAAGCAGAAGCGGCAGCUCGAAAAGGGCGCCGACAUCAUCGUCGCGACGCCAGGUCGUCUGUGGGACUUGAUCGGCGACAUGGACUCGCUCGUUCGCGACAUCAAGGGCAUGAAGUUCCUCGUCAUCGACGAGGCCGACCGCAUGAUCGAGAACGGGCAUUUUGCCGAGCUCGACAACAUCGUCCGCUUGACCCGCCGAGGAACCGCCAAGGGCGACACGGGCUUCGUCAACGACUUCAGCUCGGCCGUCACGACGCGCUCGAACCUCGGCCUCGUCAACGCUCGCCCCGACAUGCGCACCUUCGUCUUCUCGGCCACGAUGUCGCGCGAGCUGCAGCGCAACCUCAAGCGCAAAGGCCCCAAGCGCUUCGUGCCCAAGUCCGAGGCCGGCGGCAUGUCGAGCCUCGACGACCUGCUCGACACGCUCGACUUUCGCGACGCCGAGCCUGAGAUCAUCGACCUCAGCCCCGAGAACGGCCUCGUCGAGACGUUGCGCGAGUGCAAGGUCGAGUGCCUCCAGAACGAGAAGGACAUCUACCUGUACCACUUCCUCCUGCGGUACCCGUCGCGUACGAUCGUCUUCCUGGCCUCGAUCGACGGCAUCCGGCGCCUGCACCCGCUCCUCGAGCUGCUCAAGGUCAACGUCAUCCCGCUCCACUCGGGCAUGCAGCAGCGUCAACGCCUCAAGGCGCUCGACAAGUUCAAGUCGUCGCCCGACGCCGUCCUUCUCGCGACUGACGUGGCCGCUCGUGGACUCGACAUCCCGGCCGUCUCGCACGUCGUCCACUACCAGCUCCCUCGUGCCGCCGACACCUACGUCCACCGAUCGGGUCGCACCGCUCGUGCCGGCACCGAGGGCCUUGCGCUGCAGAUCGUCGCGCCCGAGGAGAAGAAGGUGCAGAGGAUGUUGAUGGCGAGCCUCGGCAAGAACACCGAGCUCCCGGCGCUCCCGACCGACUUCUCGAUCCUCGACCAGCUCAAGAAGCGCGUCGACCUGGCCAAGGAGAUCGACGUUGCGCACCACCGCGCCACCAAGGCCGCUCACGACGACAAGUGGCUGCGCGACGCCGCCGAGGCGAUGGAGAUCGACCUUGACGACGACAACUCCGACCCCGACGGCCCUGUCCAGCCCUCGCGCAAGAAGCGCUCGCAGUCGGCGGCCAAGGUUCGCGCCCUGCGCACCCAGCUCGACGCCCUCCUCCGCAAGCCGCUCAUGGUGCGCGGCGCGUCGGCCAAGUACCUCACGACGCGGGGCACGGUCGGCCUCGUCGACCAGCUCGUCGGCGGCACGGGCCACUCGAAGAUCUUUGGCAUCCAGGCGUCGACGGCGCUCGAGGACCACGCGUCGGCGACCAAGGGCAGGAAGGGCAAGGGCGCCAAGGUCGUCGAGGAGGAGCCGGCUGCCGAGGCGGACGAUGCCGAGGCUGAGCUGGCGGGAGAGGUCGAGGCGGGUGAGGAGCUUGCGGACGUCGAGCCCGAGGCAGCAGCGCCGCCGCCCAAGAAGGGCAAGGCGAAGCGCAAGGGCAACAAGGGCGGCAAGAAGGCGGUGGUCGUCGAGGAGCAGGCGUAGCCUCUCACUGCAUCUCGCAACUUCCUUUGCCCUAU